GUUUAAACUAUAUCGUAAAUAGGAAAAGGGCUAGAACGAAUAGGAAAUAACAGUGAGGGGGAUUAAUGCUCUUCGUGCAAGGUUAUUUUCUAAAAUCUAUUUCCAUCGAAAAUGACUGAGCAAGAUUAAAACGCGCCUAGUUUCCUCAAACGUGGACGCGCUACCCCGACUGACGAAGGCGUGAUCGGGAGAAAAGUCCUCAAGAGCGACCAAACGUGGAGAGAAACGCCAAGUAAAAGUGACUUCCUGUGAUCACUGUGUUGACGUAAGCGCAGUGGACUCGCUCGGCCGCGACAUCCAACAUGGGGACGGUCGCCCGCCAGACUUUGCUCUUAAUUCUUAUGUUUGUUGUGUCUGGCGGUCUUGAUCAUGCCACUGCGAACAGCCCAGAAGCAGCCUCAGCAGGGGUUACCAUGGUGGACGGAAUCGACAUGUCCAAGUACCACCAUUACGACGACUUGCUGCGGCUGGCGGAGACCCUGAAGGUGCAGUACCCGCACCUGGUGGAUCACUACUCCGUGGGCAAGUCCGUCCAGGGGAGGGAGCUCCUGGUCAUCAGGAUCAGCGAGAAUGUGGCUGAGCGGAGCCUUACAGAACCCAUGUUCAAAUUCGUGGCCAACAUCCAUGGGGACGAGACCGUGGGGCGCGCCCUUAUGAUGUUCCUGGCGCAGUACCUGGUGGCCCAGUACGGCUCCAACCCCAGGGUCACGAAGCUGCUCAACCAGACCGAAAUUCACCUCAUGCCGUCCAUGAAUCCCGAUGGCUUUGAGCAGGCCAAGGAGGGAAGCUGCAAUGGCUUCAGAAACUCAGGCCGGGAGAAUGCGAACAAACAAGAUCUGAAUAGGAAUUUCCCUGUUCAGUGGGAGAAUCCCUCAGAAGCAGAGAUGGAGAAAGGAAGAGAACCAGAGACAUUGGCUGUCAUGAGUUGGAUUGUUCGGAAUCCAUUUGUUUUAUCUGGUAACCUGCAUGGUGGCUCAGUGGUUGCCAGCUACCCAUUUGAUGACAGCAGCCGUCACAAUGAUUGCUGUGUUGAAAGCAAGACUCCUGAUGAUCAAAUUUUCCGGCUCCUGGCUUCCACAUAUGCCUCAAAGCAUGGCACAAUGCACCAGGGAAAUCUCUGUGUGGGAGAUAACUUCAAAGGGGGAAUUACCAAUGGGGCUUUUUGGUAUGAUGUUAAAGGGGGAAUGCAAGACUUCAACUAUGUAUAUGGAUCAUGCUUUGAAGUAACCUUUGAGCUCUCCUGUUGUAAGUAUCCUAUGGCAUCUGAACUCUCAGAGGAAUGGAUCAAGAACAGGGAAUCACUUCUGGCAUUCAUGGAAAAGACUCACAUGGGAGCAAAAGGUGUUGUGACGGAUGCCAUAACUGGGGUAGGGAUUGAAGGAGCAAAAGUGAGCGUAGAGGGAGUGAACUACAAUGUGACAACUUCAUCAAGAGGCGAAUACUGGAGGCUGCUUUUACCUGGAACCUACACUCUGGUAGCAAAAGCAUAUGGGUAUGAGACAGCCCAGGAGAAAGUGGUUGUGGUGAAUGGAACCGUCUCACGUUUGGACUUCAAGCUCAAGCAGAUUUCACAAGCCUCUGUGUCAGUUACAACUCCUCCGCCUCCUGCAGUCAUAACAACUACUACAACGACUACAACAACUAUAGCUACUUUUAAACCCAAGAAGCCAGAGGAAGAAGGAUUUACUUCAGAGCCAGAGUUUAAAUAUCACCAUUACCCAGAUUUGCAAGCAUUCAUGAUGAAGUUUGCUAAAAGAUACCCAAGUCUUACAAGAUUAUACUCCAUUGGUACAAGUGUAGAGGGCAGAGAACUCUAUGUUUUAGAGAUCUCUGACAACCCUGGCAUUCAUGAGCCUGGUGAGCCAGAAUUUAAAUAUAUAGGCAACAUGCAUGGGAAUGAAGUCGUAGGACGCGAGACACUUCUUUUGUUGAUACAGUACCUGCUUGAAGGAUAUGGUGUUAAUGACCGUGUUACAAGUCUUGUUAAUGAUACAAGAAUACACAUUAUGCCUACUAUGAAUCCAGAUGGUUUUGAGGCUGGAAAUGAAGGUGACUUUGCUGGAGUAUUAGGAAGAGCCAAUGCUAAUAACAGAGAUCUUAAUAGGAAUUUCCCAGAUCAGUACUUCACCAACCAGCAAAAUGUGGUUCAGGAGCCAGAAACUUUAGCUGUGAUCAAGUGGCUGAAGGAGUAUCCCUUCGUCCUCUCAGCAAAUCUCCAUGGAGGGUCUCUGGUUGCCAACUACCCCUGGGACGACAAUCCCCAGGGGAGAAGUGGCCUUUACAGUAAAUGUCCAGAUGAUGAGAUCUUCAAGAAGUUAGCCAAAGCCUACUCAUUUGCUCACCCAAAAAUGCCACAUGGGAAACCAUGUAAUAGUCCAAGUGUGGUAUUCCCUGAUGGUAUCACAAAUGGUGCCAGGUGGUAUAGUGUAUCAGGUGGUAUGCAAGACUACAACUACUUGCAUUCAAACUGCUUUGAAAUUACGGUUGAGAUGUCAUGCAAUAAGUAUCCAUAUGCAAAGGACUUGCCAAGAUACUGGAUGGAAAACAAGAAUUCUCUGAUUACAUUCAUGGAACAGGUCCACACUGGGUUGAAAGGAUUUAUUUUGGAUGGAAAUAAUAAUCCAAUCAGCAAUGCUACAAUCUCAGUAGCAGAUAUUGAUCAUGACAUUGUAUCAGCUGCUGAUGGUGAUUAUUGGAGACUCCUUGCUCCAGGAGAGUACCUGAUUACAGUGCAUGCUCCAGGGUAUCAGCCAAGUAGCAAGAAGGUCGACAUUCCUCACUUGUGGGCAAAACAGGUCAACUUCACCCUACAAGGAGAUGACUCUCAGGACUGGUCUGUGCAGGAAGAUUUCAGCAUUGCAGAAAACCUUGGGGAGACCUAUUUGAGCAACUCUGAGCUCAGUUCAGCCAUGGCCAAGAUUGAAAACGAAUACAGGGAAGUGGCCUGAAAUUUCUGGCCAAUGAGUGAGUGAGUAUGAAGAUCCAUGCUC